CAGGGUAAGACUAGCAGUAUUUCUGAUAUAUAUAUAUAUUGCAAAUAAAUAACUCUCAUUCUCCACCUCCAAUCUCUCGUUGUGUCAGGGAACAUCCUGCUUUUGAAUAACGAUGUUCUUCAGAGACUAGAGACACUCCUAAACCAGGGCUGCCAAGGGGCAAAUUGGACAGAAUUGGCCAAGAAAUUAGGUCUUGGCAGUUUAGUGGAGAUGUACAAAGACACCGUUUCCCCCAGCAGAAGACUUCUACUCAGCUAUGAGGUUGCAGGUGGCAGCGUUGAAGGCCUGUUGGAAGCACUUGGCUCCAUGGGACUGACAGAAGGUGUGAGUUUACUACAGAGAUUAGAGCCUUUUGACAAGCUACAGAGUGCAGAGCUGAAGGAAGACAGUGCUUAUGGUAGUCAAUCGGUGGAAGCAGAACCUGCAGCCUUAUCUGGGAAAUUGCAACCUGCCCCAUUGCUGGAGCCACCUUCUCCCUUGCCUCACAAACAGCAGGAGCAAGUGCACUGACACGAGAUGUUCACCAGGAGAAAACAAGUCUCGGUUGGUUACGCAUGUGCCUCUCAAAGAGUCCAGGAUGCUGUCAUCAGUGAGAAUUGCUGUACAGUCUGGGUCACCCCCGUUUUUCAUGGCCGGUCUGCUGCCUGUAUCAGCCAAAGCCCCAUAAAUGUGGAGAAAUGUGGUUGUAUAGUCCAAUAUCAAGCUCUGAUCCGGGCCUCACAUUCUAGAACAGGGGUCGGCAACCUUAAACACUCAAAAGUGCCAUUUGGACCUGUUCCCCACAUAAAAGAAAACACC